AUGUACCCGGAGGAGAGUGCUCGCAAAGCGUUCUUUGUGGACGGACUGCACUUGUCGGCACAGGGCAAUGAGGAAGUGGGCAAGUUGCUGGGAGUCGCGAUCAACGGCAUGUUUGGGAAAGACGAACUGGCGAGGUUUGCCAAGUGGCAGUUGCCGGACUGGAAGGAUUUGGUUCCUCGCGUCCCCGGAGCGGAGUCGCAGUUACUGGGCGGGGAUGCGACUGGAGUCGCUCGGGGGUGA